UAUUGCACAAUGUGAAGUUUUGAGCUAACUUCAUUCGACUGUUUGCAAAAAAUGAUUCUAUUUAUUGAGAUUAUUUGCUAACAAAUUUAAAAAGUAUUCUUUGUGAAUUUAAUUACAUGAAGACAUAAGUUAAAGCUAAAAUAUAAAAUUUAACUGUAAUAAAUGUUUGUAUACGACAACAUUGUGUAAUAUCUGUACAAAAGAAACGCCAAAAAAUGUCAAUAAAAUUCAGCGGACGUCUUUGGCGUGGAACAAUUUUAAAUGCAGUUAUUGCUCAACUAAAAACAUUUACUUUUAAACCUGUAAAGCAAAUAACUGUUCAAUUUGAUCCUUUUCAUGAAAAGGUUGAUCAUACAAGGAAUUUCUUACACUAUAUUUCAGCACCAAGGAUCUUAAGGACAAAUUUAUCCUGUUAUUUGAAAGCAAAUGUCGUUUGUGACCGCUCCGAACCUACGGUUACGUGUGAUUUAAUUAAUGGAGAAAAAGUUUUGUUCAAGUGCAACAAUUUAGACGUUGUGGAUAUUUUAAAACUCUACAAUAAACAUAUAUCUUCUCUGGCACCUCCAGAAGUUCCUGAGACUACAGGAGGAAUUGUCAAACUCAAGAAAAAAAAGAGGAAGAGGAGACCUAUUCCAAGCAGAAGAUAAACUUUUCAAAUAAAAUUUCGAUAAAAAUUUAUUUGUUAUUUGAUAUUUUGGAUUUGUCUCACGAAAGUUAGAAAAUUAAUUUAAAUAAGUGAUUAAAA